AUGGAUACCGAAUCGCGAAUCACCUUUGAGAUUCCGUCCAGCAUCGAUUUGGACAGUUUAAUCAAGACCAACAAUUAUUCCCUGCUCUUCAGUCAGCUUCACAGCGCUGACACUUAUGGCAGUAAUCGUCUCGUGAAAGACCUUUUUAGUAAUCGCAGCAAGACGAUGAGCGAUAUCGAAUAUGAGCGUUUUAUGAACGAAGUUUGGAUCACACUUGUGCUGGUGCUGUUUAUCCUGUCGAUUGUUUUUUGCCUGUGCUCCUGUUUGUUGUACCAUAAAUUCAGACAGUGGAAACGAAGUGUUUCUCUUGCUCGUGCAUCUGCUAGCGCCGUCAACAACGUCACAAUUUACGAAUCUGAUCACGAUUCCUUGCCCAGUUACACUCUUGUUUCUGGCCUUCCAAGCUACGAUGACGCCUUGGAACAAAUGAAGUCAAAGCUGAAUCACAAAUCGAGUGUAAACUCCCAAAAACGUCCAUCUCUCACGAAACUUUUCAAUUUCAACGACAACCUCGAAAAAUCCGACAUCACCAAUUACCAAGCGCCCGAAGAUACGGCAACAUCAGCUCCCAGCUACGAAGUUUCCGUCAUUUUACCACAAAAAUCGGCACAUCAUGAGAAAUGCAUUCCUGCGAAACCCACUUACACCAUGGAACCAAUCACUGAUUUGCCACCUAGUCAUAUCCUGAGUAACGGCGAGAGUUUUAUCAUUAAUUUUCCGUCAUCAACAAAUACAACAACAACCACAACUACGGAGGAAAAAUCUUUGUUGACUGAAGUGGUGUCGCAAAAACCCAUUUACAGUCAUUACAAUAACGAUAUUUUGACACCAGAAAUUAGUAAAGAUCGAAAACUGCAAAUUAUUAGCAGCAACAUGAAGAUUAAGGCGAAUUCGUUGAGUAAUUUGUGUGAAAUUCAUCGCUAAAAAACAUUCCAAAAAUCUAGUUUUAGCUAAGAAUUUGUGGAAAAUCUUUAAAUAUUAAAUGUAAAUUUUUAGGAAAAAAAAUUCUGUAAAAUA